AUACAUAAUUAUUUGAAAACAACGGGUCGAGUUAGCGCGAGUUAGCGCGAAAGUGACAUUCCGAGGAGAAACGGGGGUUUAUUUUAAGAAUCUACGAAAAUACGCGCACACGCAUCUACGUGUCCCGAGAAGAAGAAGAAGAGGAAGAAGAGAGGCUCAGUCGCGAGUCGUUGCUCGAUCGCAGAAUCAUGGCUUCCCGAAGAUACAUGCCAUUGGCAGCGAUUCUGAUAACUAUAUGUUUAGAUAUAUCAUCCGUCGUCGUCAACGUCGUCGCUGCUGCGGUCGUGUGGGAUCCGAGAACGUCUAGGUACGACAGUUACAACUUGGACAAAGGACCUGUAUUUUACGAGGCGUAUUACCCAGACGCUCAGGAUGCUUAUCACGAGAAACGUUAUUUCGACCGGAGCACCGUGUUGGAGACAAGCUUUCAAGUACCCUCCGAACGUUUCGCGUACUCGGCCGAGAGCGCGGAUGUCUCGAACGACGACGAGUCGUCGUACGUCGCGGCGGACGACGAGGAACAACGGAAAGUCGUCGCGGGACGCAAUCUCGCGCCCUUCCAGGAUCGACGCUCGAUACUGCUGGAGGACGGAAGCUCUCCGGCGGCGAAUAUCGGAGAAAUCUCCAAGCUCGUUAGAAGAGCGAUCUCCCGAGACCUUGAGAACUGGAACGCCCUCGAGAGAUACCUCGACCGCGUCGGUCAGUCGGAGAUACCUCGGAGGACGGAGGAGGUACGUUUCAGGGAGAGCCGGAAAAAUAAGGAGGACGAUAGUAGUUAUCAGGUGAACCGACUUAAUUACGACUCGUCGAGACAGCCGAGUCUCGGGGUGUUACGGAAUUUGGAGGCGCGUGACGUGAAAGUACGGCCCGCUCACUUGGAGAAAGCGCUGAACGGCGGCGCGCCGAUCGUCUCCAUCGACUCGUUACCUCUGGAGAACAUCUUCCAACCGCGGCCCCAAAUCAUCAAAUACACAUUCCUCAGGAAGGCUACCACGCGGCUAGACGAGCCGAGCAAGGAAGCGAUCGACAGCACCACACCGCGGAAUUACGGCGACAAUCUCAUCCGCGAAGAGAUCGCCAACGGCAGCCGCGACGUCAAAGUGACGUCCAUCCAAGUGAGCGAGCUGCCGCGGCACAAGACCCGCCAUCAUCACGGUGAAUUGCCCAAACGAGAUUACACCGCUCAUCGGCAUCGCUCGGCCGCCGAUCAUCCGGUCGUCCAAUAGAAAGUAACGAGACGACUGUCGAA